AUGAAGUUAUUAUUCUUCCUGCCACUGUUACUCUACUCAGUCUGAUGAGAUUCCAACACAUUUAAACUUGAGAAGAACUCUAAGAUCAAUUCGCAGGAUUCAGAUGACAAUUUAGAUGAUUCUCUAGUCACUUUCAAAAAGCACCUGCAUUACUUAAUUGUACAAGAAAACGAGAUCAUCAGGCUAAACCUCAAAGAAUACUUUGGAGGUUCUUUUCUGAAUUACACAUUAUUAGAAAAUACUAACCAUGGAUGAGAUGAUGGAGCACAAUUUGAAGCAAGCCAGAAUAAUUAUGGCUUUCUUAAUUUGUCUUCAGAGUUCUAUAAUAUCACUGACUCUGGGAAAUAUUCAAUGAAAAAGCAUGUAGAUUCACUCCCUGACACGCUAAGGCUGCUUACUUGGCAUGAACAAGGAUACCCAGAAAAGACAUAUUUGCUCUACGUCACUGAAGAUUAUCAUCUCAAGUUUGUUGAUGUCACAGAAGUGAAGACAGAUGGAGAAAUAGAUGUCCUAAAAACAAUCAAUCUUAUGACUCAAAUUAACUUGAAGUACAACAUAAGAACAUCGAUAGAGGAUACUUUUUGUAAUUCACUUAGUACUGUGAAAACAAAUGAAUUGUACAUUCUUGGGUGUAAGCAUCAAAAUGAUGAUUUCGCCAUUUGGAUUAGUCUAAAAAUAUACCCAAGAAAUAUCUUCAGUCUUACCGUUCUCCCCAGAAAAGCAGAGUUUCAUAUUGAUUCAAGAGGAAGAAACUCUAUCUCCACCGGAUUGAUAGAAGAUUAUUGAUAUAUUAUUGCUACAACUAAUGAUUAUAGUGGCCUUAUCCAAGUUUCAGUGUUUGACACAUCACAAAUAAAGAAAAAGAAGAUAGAAUUUAUUGACUCUGCAACCUAUAACGUUUCUGAUUUCAUAGAUCCCUUCGAGAACAGGAAUCUUGAAGGUGAGUUUAAUUUCAGAGACGUAAUUUAUUACAAAUCCAACUAUAAAUACAAAGAUGAUGAAGUUCAAGAAAACCACCAUAUUAUUGCUAGUUGAUACAACUGAGGAAUCAUAUUCUUCAAAAUUCAGAAGUAUGAGGCUGACAAGACCAUUGGUCACAGGUUCCUGAACCUGACGUAUAUGUACAAGAAAUCAACUCUUGGAAGAAUUUUUACUGAGAAGAGUUUCAACUUGAAGAACACAGAUUUCAAGUUCUUCACUAGUAUUGCUUCUCCUCCAGUCAUCUAUGAGUUUCUGAUUGAUGAGUCUGCCAAUGUAAACGUGAACAAAGUGUUCAGUGACAACAUCCGCGACAACAGGUAUAAAGACUGCGAACUGAUUUCGGUGAAUGCGAAGUACAUUGCCCAGCUGCUAUAUGACCGCAAACUGCUAAAACAAGUGAUUAGAGUGUACGAUCGUAAUGAAACCAACUUCAGUGUUGGUCACAUCCACAUUCCUCUGAAUGGGUAUCGGUACGACAUCAGUGGGAUUCAGUUUCUGAGUUACUUGGAGAGCAACAAGAUCUUUGUGAGGAACCCUGAGAAGUGGGAGAUCUACGACAUUCUCGACCCAGAGCUGAUUAUUGACACAUUUCAUGAAUUUGAUUAUAAAGAACAAAACUUUACAAUCAAAAUAAAUGCUAAGAGUCCUCUUGAAAGUUCUUGGGGAAAGACAUUAGAUGUCUGAGUUGUUUGUGUUGGUAGUAACACAAUGACAUCAUACAUGACUUUAGCAAAUCCAAUCAUAAACAUCAGCUACGCAUAUGGUGAUCCUAGUUUUAAAUUUCCUAUUUCUGAUUAUUUUAUUGGGCCUGAUUUGAGAUUCAAAAUAGAGUUAGUAAAUGUUUCUGAUGGGAACAUGAACAUUACUCUCCCUAUUGUUCAGGAUCCCAGCAGUGCUUUUCCAAAAAUUAUUGACACAAAAUUUAAUCAGAGUUGUUCUGAAGGAAUUUUUAGCCAGUACAAAGACUUAAAGAAAGACAAAGCACCAAUGAUCUCCUAUUAUUGAAUUCACUCGACCUACAUUGAGCAUCAAUCAUUCAAAGUAGAGGAUAUGUCAGAUUUCCCAGUGAGUAGAAUGACUUACCGUCACUCUAAUUUCAUUGCUUACUAUCAUGAUAUCAGUUCUCGUCAGAACAGGUUGAUUUUACUUAGUAAAGACCAGUAUUCAAAACAUUAUGAGUACUCACUCAACUUCUUUGAUAUCAAAGAUGGCCUCCUUGUGUGGAUGAAAAAGAUUAAUCUGGGGCUGAAGAAUGUUCAGCUCAGACAAAGAAAUACCAUCAAGAAGGUUAAGUCAAACUACAUUGCAGUAUUUUCAAAAUUCAAAGGAAUCGGAAGUUAUAGAUUGAAGAGUGAGAUCUAUUUCAUCAAUGAGCAUGACCAAACCUACAACUUCAAGCUCGAAUUCAAAAAGAAGGAAGUCAGGGAUAUUUUUAUGUACAAAGAAAUGUACGUAUACUUCACCUUCUCUAACGAUACUGAAGUCAGCGUCUACAAGGUAUAUCAGACCAAUGAUGAAAAGAAGUCCGAGUCAAUGUCAACUCAGCAUGAAUGAACAAUCUCAGUUCAUGACAAAUAUAGGCUAGCACAUAUAGGUAAAGAUGGAAUAUCUAUCUUCUUCAGUGGCCUCAAUAAGAUAGAUAUUUAUUCACUCAAGAACCCAUGCAAUUUCCAAUUUGAAAGAACUCUUCCUUUUUAGUAGAUCUAGUCGCUACUGCCACUCCAGCUCUAAGUCUGAAGAGGGCCAAUAUUCUUCAUGAAAUUCUGUCUUCUUUCACUUAACCAAGGACACGUACGAACCAGUCUAUGAAAGGAAUGGGAAAUUUCUGUUCGUUGUGGUAACAGACAGCUAUUUCGACUUCUUAAAAUACUUGCUGAUCUUUGACAUCAAGACCAAUUCUCAUGACUCCUUAGUGACUCAGAUAUCAUUAGGACUCUCUUUAGGUAAAUACGAGCUAGACCUCUAUACUGAAAGAAUAGUCUCUUCGUCCUUGGUGGCUAUUUAUGUAUCCUAUACACACGAAAAUAAUAUGGAACAGAUCUCUACUGUUGGAACAAGAAAGUACUGGGAAACUGUUUUUUCGGGAAGAAAUGAGUGUGAUAGCUUAGAUGGGGAGACUCAAUAUUUGGAGAGUGAUGUAAACUUGAAGCAGAGAAGUUGAAUAAGUGAGGAAGAUAGGGAGUCGGAAUGUCUCUGAUUGUUAUACCAAAAUAGUAAUUUCUCAGAAUUAUCCAGCUAUCUGAUGAGUUCAGAAAUUUUCAAGGAAUGACUAUCUGAUAAUUCAGGUGUCCAACAAUUUAGAUAUUAUGAAUUUCAGCCGAAUAAUUUCCUCAAAAGUGCAGAUUCGAGUGGUCUCUUCAUGCCAAUAGAUUCUAAGGGUGUUCAGGACUUAGCUGAAAAGCAAGUAAUCUUGAAGCUUAGCCAAGAUUACUCAAGUCUGUACUGCAGAGGUGAUUGACAGUUUUCUUCAAAGAAAAUACUCCAGAGCUAUUUUAACAUAACAGUUGCUAAUAGAGGAUUAAUGAUAGAGCAAAGGCCUGAAGAAAGGCUCUAUAAAUUCCCUCAAAGUGAUGAACCCAUGACAUUUUCUGUCCUUGACAUCUUCGACGGGUUUGACAUGAGCUACGAUCCCUUACAAAUUGGAGGAAACACAGAAGAUGUUGAUUUAGACAUGUCAGAAGACAAGAUCUCGAAAUUUAUACUUGAUGGAGUCAGUCUCAACAAUCCUGUUUCUCAUGCAUUAGUUUACAAGAAGAAGUACUUGCUGGCAUUCUACGAGAAAGACUAUAAACUUGAGAUCUAUAACUUGGCUAAUUCGUCAGAUAUUCCGUUCCCUGAUAGUUAUAAGAAGCAGCUUGAUAGCUGAAACAUCGAUUACAUCAGCACCUUUACUCUGGUUCCUGAGAACAGCAUCAAUGACACAACAAUGUUUUACUUGGUGUGCAACUGAAGAAUUAAUGACACAGGAAUCAACCCGUCUUAUCGGCUGCAGUUUUACCAAGUUAUCGUUAGGGAAAGCAAAAACUAUUAUGAGAACUCAAGAUUUUAUACAAAUCCAAUCGAAAGUAUGACUAUUCCACUUGACAGAAAAGUCAAAGAUGUGAAAGUUUCUAAAUCUCAAACAGGCAGAGAAGACCAUCACAUUGUGAUCCUGGCUGACUCCAACACGAUACAUGACUCAGUCCUGUUAUAUUACGGUCUAAAUAUUGAUGAAGAGCUAAUCGAGUACAAAUUAACCUAUUAUUCCCAGCUAAACGCACUUCAGAUGAACUAUGAAAAAUUCAAUGUCAACUCUUUCAUGUUUAUUCAUGACUAUAAGCCUAAUGAUGACACUAAAUCGAGUGAUGACUCCAAGUUCAUGGUGUGCUCUGUAGACGACUUUGGACUACUAUUCUAUGACUUGGUUCGACUUGAAAAAGCAGAUGAAGUUGCCUUCUCAGAGUUCUUCACAUCAUUCUACCCAGAAUUCAAGAUAACGAAUCUGGUUCCAAUAUCCAACAACUCAAUGAGGAUAUUUUUAGAGAACAAAGGAUCUAUAUCACUUGGAUGGAAAGAUAUACAAGAGAGUAAUCCAGACGGAUACAUUUUGGAUGGGCUUCAGUAUUCAGACAGGUUUGAAAAUCUUAAUGGUCAGCAAAGUACAGGCAUAGUUGACUAUUCUGACCUGUCUAUUGUGCAAGUUGGAUAUAAUCUGAAGAAAGGAGGGUACCUUGAUGCAUUUGUGAGAGUUGAAAGACAUAUGAAUCAUGUGAAAUCGAAAUCUUUUCGAGAGUAUAAUCUUGGUCCUGUCCCAGAUUGUAGUUUUAUUGAUUUACAAUGCUCAGAGGAUAGAAUUGUCGUUAUAUGCGGAGCUAAAUAUUAUAUUAUCAAUUACCAUCCAUUCCCAAGUCUCAAAGUCACAAAACACUCAAAAGCCACUUCUUCCACUUUCCAACUCAAAGCCUCCAACAGCUACUCUGAAGCUUCAGUUCUGUUCGAAAUCGGCAACACCGACACCACCACUUUGUUUUCAAAGUGGGGCAUCCUGUUCAUCUUCGUGGCUGUCGUGCUGAUCUUGACUUGGUGCAUCCGGUGCACCUUCAGACAAGUAGUAAAAGCCAAGCCUGACUCCGACUCGGUGAUUCUAGCCAGUGAGCCCAGCUCAGUCAAGGAUGUUAAGUUCAGCCAUGACGCAUCAACUGAGGUGCUGAAGAAGAUCAAGCUGACAUACGCAAGCAGAGCCACAUUUAGAAAGUCAGUAAAGAUGAAGAGAGGAUACAGUGAGUUCCACGACGAUGUUGAAUUUGACCUUACAUAUGAUGACACCGAACCACUUUUGAACUCCAAAUAUGCCCAUGUAGAAAAAUAAUAAUGAUAAUU